AUGAGAAAAUUUGAAAUUAAGUGCAAAGGAAAGCCUAUAAAAGACUUUAAAGAUAAUGUUUUAGUUAGUUCUGAGCACACAAAAGUUUCUGCUCUUUUUGAAGCUGUUUCAAAGACCAUAGGACUCCCAGAAACUCGAUUGAGACUUUUAGUUAAAGAUAGAGUUUUGAAAAAAGAAGACAAUAUUUGUGAUAUUUUAGAAGAAGAAUGUGUAUAUGUAAAAGAUUUAGGGCCACAGAUUGCAUGGAAAACUGUAUUUUUAGUUGAAUAUAUAGGACCGUUAUUGAUUCACCCAUUGAUAUAUGGAUGUCCGUUAAUUCAGCAAUUAUUAUAUGGAAAAGUGGUGCAUCAUUCUUCUUCUCAAAGAGUUGUUUUUAUACUUGUUCUUCUUCAUUUUAUAAAACGAGAAUUGGAGACAUUAUGGGUACACCGAUUUUCAAUGGAUACAAUGCCAAGAAGAAAUUUAUUUAAGAAUUCAUUCCAUUAUUGGAUUUUGGGUGGCAUAAACAUGGCUUAUUGGACAUACGGGCCUUGGUUUUCGCCUUUAUAUCAGUCUCACAUUAUUUUAUUAUUCUUUGUCAUUCUAUGGGGGUUUUCUGAAUACGCUAACUUUAAGACUCAUCUUAUUUUGCGCAGCAUAAGACCUCCGAAAUCACGUAUUCGUCAAAUUCCUAAAGGUUUUGGUUUUAAUCUUGUGUCAUGUCCAAAUUAUUUUUUUGAAUAUACAUCAUGGCUUAUUGUAGCUUCCAUAAGCCGUUCAUUAUCUUCUUGGAUAUUUCUUGCUGUUAGUGGUGUUCAAAUGUGGCUUUGGGCCCUCAAAAAGCAUAGAAGAUAUAUAGAUGAGUUUAAUGAUUAUCCUAAGCAAAGAAAGGUUAUGUUUCCUUAUAUUUUGUAG